AUAAUGGCAGAUUCGCAGGCUCAAAUUCUGUGAAGCCUCAAUAAUGCGAAGCCUCAGUCGUAUCAUAUCAAAGCGGUGAUUAUUUCAGGAAUGGGAUUUUUUACCGAUGCCUACGAUUUGUUUUGUAUAUCACUGGUCACUAAAUUGCUGGGCCGCAUCUACUACCAUGUAGAUGGGUCUUCGAAGCCAGGUAGUCUGCCUCCUAAUAUUGCUUCUGCUGGUAAUGGUGUAGCCCUCUGCGGAACUCUUGCAGGUCAGCUCUUCUUCGGAUGGCUCAGCGACAAAUUAGGACGCAAGCGUGUCUAUGGAAUUACUCUCAUGCUUAUGGUGCUUUGCUCUAUCUGCUCCGGCCUGUCUUUUGGGAGUUCUCCUUAGCUGGGCUGUAUGGGUACUUUGUGUUUCUUCAGGUUUUGGUUAGGGUUUGGUAUCGGAGGAGACUACCCACUCUCUGAAACUAUCAUGGCGGAAUACUCUAACAAGAAGACUCGCUGAACGUUUAUUGCUGCUGUUUUUCCAAUGCAAAGGUUUGGAAUUCUUUCGGGUGAUAAGGCGCCUGCUUAUUCUGUUGAUCCUGCCGGGUUUACUGUGCUGCAAGCUGAUUAUGUUUGGAGGAUAAUUCUGAUGCUUGGUGCAUUGCCUGCUGCUUUGACAUACUACUGGCGCCUGAAGAUGCCUGAAACGCCUCAUUACACCGCUUUAGUCGCCAACAACGCAGCGAUGGCUCGUCAGGACAUGGCGAAAGUGAUGGACAUUGAAAUGCAAUCUGACAAGGAAACAACAUCAUCAGAACAGGCUAAUACAAAAGCAACAGUUUUGGGCUAUUCUCUAAGCAAUUUCUCGCCCGGCAUGGAUUACACCUACUCGGAACAGCAAGCACUUGGCUGUUUGUUGACAUUGCAUAAUAUAUUCAGAAUUUAUUUCAGAAGGAUAUUUUCAGUGCGGUAGGUUGGCUUCCGCCGGCCAAAUCAAUGAAUGCGCUUGAUGAGCUUUUCAAGAUUGCUAAAGCACAAUUCCUCAUUGCACUUUGCGGUACAGUUCCGAGCUACUGGGUAACCUUCGCCUUAAUCUCGGAUUCUUAUAUGCUUCUCAGAAUCAGGACCAGUCCAAGGCUGAUACAGGGUACCCUGCCGGUAUUGGGAUGAAAAAUUCACUAAUAGUUCUUGGUAUUAAUGUGUUAGGUUUCUUUUUUACAUUCUUGGUUCCAGAGCCUAAAGGAAGAUCAUUAGAGGAGAUUUCUGGAGAAGAUGACCAUUCAAAUCAAGUUGAAGCUACCUGCUGAGUAGUUGUGAUUUUUUCUUUUCUUUGGUUUAGAUAGAAUUCGCUUUUCGAUAGAAUAUUUCUUUAUACUAGUUUAGUUAGCAUAUGAGUUUGCAGUACUUCAAACUUAAAGAAUCAAUGUUACUAAUUUUUAGCUUGAUUAUCAA